AUGCCCGACGCUCAGCUGCUUGUCAAGGGCCCCGUUUCGGACGACGACAUCAAGUUUCACAACCACCAGGUCUCGUGCCUACGUGAAAGUCUUCGAGUGAUGAAAUCGAAGCUGCAAUCGAUGAAGAAAGACAAUGAUGCAUGGCAGAAGGCUCUGAAGGAGGAGUGCGGAGACCACGUAGCGACGAAGAGAGAGCUGGAAAUGGCACUUUUUGAAAGAGAUUGCUAUAAGCGAGUGGCAGCCGAGAUAAUGAGGCCUACCCCCACUGGAUGGAACACGGAAUGGGAUGUGAGUAGUCCUAUAUUGCAGAGGCACCAGGGAGUCCCGGAAUGA